AUGGAAGAUGCCUGCACAAACCUCACGGACGUCGUCCGCUCGGUGCAGCUGCUCACGAUCAAUGGCUACUCCAUGACCAAGACCAUGGACAGCGUCGACGGCUGCAUCAAAUCCAGGUGGAACGUCUACGGCUACGACUGGGAUAUCCAUUUGUAUCCUACAGGGCUGUCCAAUCGUUACCACAGUUCGUCUUUAGCCUUGAAGCUCGUCUUCAUCGGUGAAGCCCGUACGAGCAGCGUGAGGGCCAGUCUAGCCUGUCAGCUCGUAGAUCCACAGGGAAAGCUCAACCCCUCCAAAGAAGAGAGAGAAGCAGCAACAUUCAAGCGCCCCCAAGACAGCUCGUCUCCAGUUUUCCUCAUUCAAAUGAGUGCUCUGGAAAAAUCCGUCUAUAUCAAGGAUGAUUCUUACACAGUGCGGUGCACCAUCACCGUGCUGAAGGACAUACCCGGUUCAGCAGCGAGCUCGGUUCAUGGAGCGGACGUCCCGUCGUCGGACUUGCGCCGGCAUCUCGGCGAGCUCCUGCGGGGCCAGACCGGAGCGGACGUCACGUUUCUUGUCUCCGGCGAGUCCUUCGCCGCGCACAAGGCCGUGCUCGCCGCAAGGUCUCCCGUGCUCAUGGCCGAGUUCUUUGGGGAGACGAAGGAGGAGAGCUCCGCCCGCGUCGAGGUCAAGGACAUGGAUCCGGAGGCAUUCAGGUCCAUGCUGCACUUCGUCUACACCGACGCAACGACUCUGGCUCUGGCCGACCAGCGUGGCUGUUCCCUGCUCAAGGCUAAGUGUUUGGAAUUCAUCGUCAGCACCCCUGAGAUCCUUGAUGUCGUCAUGGCGACUGAGGGGUAUAAGCAACUGGAGACAAGCUGCCCUUCUGUUCUGCGCGAGCUUCUCAAGUCUGCGCAUUGGUCCGAGCUGCCCGCCGACAUACUGUACAACGUGCUCAUGCUGCUCGAGUGCCCGGACCUCCUCCGAUCCGGCGCCGUCUGCGCGGCAUGGCACACGGCGUACUCCACGCUACGCCGCGCCGGCAUCUGCCCCGUCCGCCAAACCCCCUGCUUACUCUACUACACCGAGGCCGCCGGCGGGCUCAAAGCCCUCGGCAUGUACAGUCUUUCAGAGGAAAAGGCCUACACCAUGCCGCUCCCUGAAUCUCCCAUCAAGAACUGGAUUGGCGCAUCGCACGGAUGGCUAGUCACUAUGGAUGACAAGUCUGAGCUGAUGCUGCUCAACCCGAUCACCGGCAACACUAAUGUUCUUCAGAAUCUCCCUGAAAUUGAUCCGAAUGGGGAGCACGCAGCAGCGCAGGGUGAAGGGAUCCGUGCCUCGACGGCUUCAGACGGUGAGAUCUUUGAUCCCGGCGGCACGAGGAGUACAGGAUCGGGCGUGCGGCAGCUGCGGUUGGUCGAGGGCGGCAGCUGCGGUUGGUCGAGGGCGGCAGCAGCGGUGGCAUCCAUGGCCGGCGUCCGAGCGCAGGAGGGCGUUGAGCGCGGGUCAAAGGAGAGCCGGCAGGGUGGUGUGGAGGCGCGUGGAGGAGGGACGCCGGCGGCGGGGUGA